CGACAACAACAAAAAUAACAAUUCGUAAUUUGGUAUUAACCCAAAAACCAAAAACAACAUCGAGAAUCGGGUUAAAGAUAAAGAAAGAAGCAUCAAAAACCAAAAGCUGGCAAGUCUUCUUCCACAUUUUGGUUUUGGGAUAUAAAACAGCAAAAAACUAUCUCAAAAACGGAAUACAAGAAAUACUGUGUACCCUGCAAUUAAAGUUGGAAAGAACUAAGAACUUUUUGCACUUGCGUCUAGCCGACUUCAUAUAUCAUUUUCCUUUAUGUGGUCUGUUUUGAGCGCUGGACAGGCGUAAGCGAGCGAGCGAUUCCGGAGCGAUGGCACCGAUGCCACCGAGGGCGCCCAACUGCCUCAUGGCCGCCUUGGCGCUGGCGGUCCUCCUGGGAGUGGGAAUGGACUCCGCGGACAGCCUGCCGAUCACCUCGCGCCCCAUCGAGGGCAACGUGCAGCGGAUGGUGUGGGAGGACUGGGUGAGCCUGGACCCCGAGCAGCAGAGUCUCGUCAAGGAGAAGAAGGUGACCGCCAAGUCGAUCUUCGCGCUGCCCUUCCGCCACUGCCCGCAGGGCCACACGCUCUACAACCAGCGCUGCAUCCCCCAGUCGGAGAUCGAUCCCACGGACCUGGUCAAGCAGGAGCUCAUCCUCGCAGGAGCCACCGACGGCCAUCCCCCGCCGCCGCCCAUCGCGGACUACGACUACGGCGACGACUCGGAGAGCGGGGAGAUCGUCUACGACCUCUCGGUGGUGCCCUCCGCCAUGCAGGACGCACUGCCUCCUCCUCCGGGCUCCGAGGACCAGGCUCUGCCCAGCGAGGACGCGCCGCUGAAGUUCAACAUCUUCGAGAAGCGGUUUCCCACGGGCACAGGAGCGGGUGAGCAGGAGGAUCCUCCUUUGCCCGCGGACAUGGAGGCAGUGGCCAAUGCCACCGGCCCUUCAGUUGCUCCUCCUGCCAGCACAGCGGCUACCACGUCUACAACCACCAGCACGACGGCUCCUCCGGCGGAAGCCUACCGACGCACUGCAGGCGGGGAUCUGCAGGCAUCUCCCAGCGACGCCCUCUCCACCACAACACUCCUCACGAUGCCUGGGAGCAGCAGCAACAGCAGCAGUACCAGCAACAGUAGCAACAUUAGCAGCAGCAGCAGCAACAGCAACAACAGCAUCACCAACAACAUCAGCAACGGAAACUUUGGCGAGGUGGAGGCCAUUGUGCUGCCGGCGGGUCAACUGCAGGAGAGCUCUGUGCAACUGGUGACCGGUUCCCUUGACAGCGACAACGACAACGUCAGCGACAACGACAACGAUGACUCUUCCGCCAGCGCAAACCAUCGGUUGAGCAAUGCGGAGGCGGAUCUGGCCCAGCUGCUCAAGGUCGACGCCUUUCUGCCGGCCUACGACGGCAGCAUCGAGUUGCUGCCGCCGCUCUUCAGCCAUCGAAAGGUGGCGCCGCCUUUGAGCGCCGACCAGGAUGCAAAGGCCAAAGUUGUCAAGGGGGAGCAAGAGGAGCUGGAGGAGCCAGUGGGGGAUCUAGGCGAGCUGGAGGAGGAUGAGGAGGAGACCACCACGGACAUGGAGGAGGGAUUCACCACAGAUCCAACAACAACAGCAACAGCAACAACAACCAGUGAUGGCGACACAACGGUUGCGGAGGCGUCAGUGGACACAUCUCCCGAUGCCUCCACCUCCACCUCCACCUCCAUUUCCAUUUCGAUCUCCUCUGAAAGAUCUCCGCAUCCACAGCCAGAUGAACAUCCACAUCCGCCAGAAGAACCCGAGAUAGACGAACGUGAAAAUCGCCUGGUCUUGAUAAAAUCGAAAGUGCAACCGGUUCAGUUGACGACAACAACAACAACAACAGCAGCAACAACAGCAACAACAGCAACAACAGCAACAACAGCAACAAGAGAAACAACUGCAAUAGCAACAACAACUUCUGCAGCUGAUGAUGCCGAUUCGAGCUCCUCCACCGACCGGUUUCAUUAUCAGCAUUUUUUCGAAGAUGCUGCCGCCAGCAGCACGACAACAGCAACACCAGAGCCCAGCAGCAGCAGCAACAACAGCAGCAGCAGCAGCAGCAGCAGCAGCAAAAGUGAGGCGAUCGAGCAGAAUGAUUUGCUGGCGAGUGACAAUGACAAUUUAAUGACAAACACGAUUGGCGGCCACGGAGACGAGGAUGUGGAUGUGGAUGUGGCUGGAAAUGGAAAUGGAAAUGGAGGUGAAACGACGGCCCAACAGGAACUGCGGCUCAUCAACGAGCUGGUAAAAGGCAACCGGCGAAAGCAGCAAGAGAAGCAAGAGCAGCCCAAGUUGGCCAGCACGGAAACAGUUUCCAGCGAGGAGGCGACGCCAGAAACGCGCUCCAGUUGGUCACAGGUGAUGCCGCAAUUGGGCCGCACUCCGUCUGAGGAGGCAACAACAACCAGCACAGAGACAGCAGCAGCAUUGGAGAAGGUUGAUGAGAGCAGCCCAGCUACAGCAGCAACAACUGCAGCAGCAGCAGCAGCAGCAACAUCAGCAGCAACAAUAGCAUCAACCACUGCAACAGAAGCAGAACAUUUAAGUAUUACUAACCGUAGCAAUAGGAAUAGCAAAAUAAUUAGAGUAGAUCAGCUGGCAGAGGAGGAGCCUGCAGCACUAUCUGCUGCAGCCAGCAGCAGCAGCAGCAACACCAACAGCAACACCAACAGCAACAGCAACCCGGAUGGCUACACGCCCUUCUGGUGGCUGCCAAGCAUCGGUUGGCGCUUGGAUCGCCAGGCGGACGGACGUGGCGGAGAUCAGUCGCUGCUGCUGCGGUUCUUCAGCACUUUCCGCGGCAGCGGCAGCAGCAGCAGUCCGGCGGUUAGUUCGCGCUAACAGCAACAGCAACAGCGGCAGCAGCAGCAGCAGCAGCAACAGCAGCAGUAGCAGAAGUAGGAGCAACUCCUGGCUCUCGCGAGGAUUCAGAGCCACGGGAAGUCGCCGGUUGCGAAGCAGCAACGUAGUGUCGUAGUGUCAGCAACAGCGUUUCAAUUGCAUGUUGAAUUUGUCCACAGUUGGGUCACCCUACACUCACUUCAUGUACGAGUAUUUAUUGUCUUUUAAUGUUUUAAUCAGGAGCCAAAUUGUACAUAGCGUAUCCGACUAUCCAACUACUCAACUAUCUAUUUACUACUUAGCAACAACUUUUCCUUUUCUCAUUAUUAUUAUUUUUUUUUUUUUUGGCCCUGGCAUUAUGUCGUACCAUAGUUCGUGUUAUUUAAACUACUUUCUUUUUUUAAGUUGUUGAUUUAAUUUUAGGGGACGUUUUUUUUUAUUACAAUAGUUUUAUUUGUGCGUGCUGCUGCCGUUGUUGCGACCUUAGCAAUAUUUAAUUGUGAUUACGUAGGCUUACGACUUGAUUGUUAAACUUAGGUAAAUGUAUUUGUAAUCCCUGAAUCUUCGAUGUAUCUUUUUUUUACCAACCACCAUCGCUAUUGUAACCCAAUAAUAUAUCUCUAUAAUAUGUGUAAAAUCGGAGCGUUCGUCGCAGCAGUCUCUGUGUAUAUACCGUAGUGCAAGCCAUUCAAACCGAAGCAUUUUAAACGUACUAUAUCCACUGAGAGAUCGAGUAUAUACACCCCUAGCGAGUACGCCUAAUGUUAAUGUACCUUUGUAUACUAAAAUCAACUGAAAUCUAUAACCUAGUGUAGUGCAUGUACAUAGUUAUAGGAUCAUCUCGCUUCGGUCCUUCGACUCACAAUCGAGGCGAAGGGAAGCGAAGCGAAACGAAACGAAUAAGGCAAGCAACGUGUUUUUGUCAAUUGAAAUUCAACCAACAACCAAAGCUCUUAAAAAAACAAAUGCGAAAUGCAAAA